AUGCGACCCCUGCUUGUGAAGGAGGAAAAGAAGCCCAAGAAGAAGGUUGUCGAGCCUGAGUCUUCCUCUGAGGAGUCGGAGUCUUCUGAGUCCGAGGCCGACGACUCCUCUGACAGCUCUGACUCUUCCGAGUCUGAGGCUGAGACCAAGAAGCCCGUCACCAACGGCAAGAAGGCCAAGGCCGCCCCUGCCAAGAAGGAGGAGUCUUCUGACUCCGAGUCCUCUGAGGAAGAGGAGGAGGACUCUGAUUCCGACAGCUCCGACUCUGAGUCUGAGGAGGAGACCAAGAAGCCUGCCGUUAACGGCAAGGCUAAGGCCAAGGCUGCCCCUGCCAAGAAGGAAGAGUCUGAAUCCGAGUCUGACUCCGACUCCGACUCCAGUGACGAUGAGAGCGAGGAUGAGGAGCCUGCUGCUAAGAAGGCUGAGAAGAAGGAAGCUUCCUCCGACGAGGACUCUGACGACUCCGAGGACGAUUCUGAUGACAGCAGCGACGACUCCGAGGAGUCUGAGAAGAAGGCUGCCCCUGAGGCAUCCAAGAAGCGCAAGGCUGAGGAUGAUGAGAACGACGCCAGCGCCAAGAAGACCAAGACUGACGGCCCUACUACUCUGUUCGCUGGCAGCUUGAGCUGGGGCAUCGAUGACGACGCCCUCAACGAGGCCUUCAAGGACUUCGAGGGUCUCGUCGGCGCUCGCGUUGUCUGGGACAAGCACACCGGCCGCAGCAAGGGCUUCGGCUACGUCGACUUCUCUGAUGCCGAGUCUUGCACCAAGGCUUACGAGGCCAUGCAGGGCCAGGACCUCCAGGGCCGUGCCCUCAACCUUGACUACGCCAACGCCCGUCCCGCCGAGGCUACUACCCAGGCCCGUGCUGCCGACCGUGCCAAGCGCCACGGUGACACCGUCAGCCCCGAGAGCGAUACCCUCUUCGUCGGUAACCUGCCUUUCGACAUUGACCAGGACACCGUCCACCAGUUCUUCAGCGAGGUUCGCGAGGUUGUCAGCGUUCGCCUCCCUACCGACCCUGACUCUGGUAACCUCAAGGGCUUCGGAUAUGUCUCAUUUGCUUCUAUCGAGGAUGCCAAGGCUGCCUACGAGGAGAAGAACGGAGCUUACAUCGGCGAGGGGCGUUCGUCUAGAAACCUGCGCCUUGACUUUGCUGGUGCUCGUCCCCCUCGUGACGGUCCUGGCGGUGGUCGCGGCGGUGGCCGUGGAGGAUUCGGCGGUCGUGGCGGCGGUCGUGGUGGUGGCCGUGGCAACUUCGGUGGCCGCGGUGGAGGUGGUCGCGGUGGUGGUCGUGGUGGUGGCCGAGGCGGCUUCGGUGCCAGCCGUGGUGGCUACUCUGGCACCAAGGUCACCUUUGACUAA